UACGUGUCUGUCACGUGACGUGGGUGAGUGUUUCGUAGGUAGGCUAAUCGUGCGACUAUGGCGGCGUCUGCUAUCCCAAUUGUUGACUUCCAGAAGUACGGACUGAAUGUUACCGACCCCAAGUCCGUGACGAGUGACGUCCUGGAGACCACGGCCGAGGAGAUAUAUGAUGCCUUUAGUACAAUAGGCUUUCUGUACCUGAUUAAUCAUGGCAUUGAACAAAGAAAGGUCGAUGCUAUGUUCGCGGUGUCCAAAUCCUUCUUUGAUCAACCAAUGGAAGAAAAGAUGAAGUUUCUUCAAAACCAUCAGGAUUGUUUUCAUGGCUACAUUGCCUUAGAGAGCGAAAAGGGGAAUAUCAAGAACCCCGUUGCGGAUUUCAAGGAAGCGUUCAACUUUACAGCAAAGGAUGAUGGGGCGUGGCUGGCGGAUCUUCCCGAAUUUAAGUCAACUACCUUCCCCUUCUUCGACGACGUCAUACAACUAUCAGAGAGAGUCCUCGAUGUCCUGUCUAUCGGUCUUAAGCUCCAGGAUCGCAACUUCCUCCGCGAUUGCCACCGUCAGAUGGGCAGGAAGGGGAACACCACCACUCUCAGAAGCAACUACUACCCUCCUCUAACUGGACCCGUGAAGCCAGGUCAAGCUCGCUUUGGACAGCACACCGACUAUGGGACAAUAACACUGCUGUUCCAGGACGACAUUGGAGGCUUAGAGGUGAUGAACACUGAUGAUGUGUAUGUGCCGGCAAAGCCCAUCCCCGGCGCCAUCGUGGUCAUCAUUGGUGACCUGAUGCAGCGAUGGACUGCAGAUCAGCUUAAAGCCACAAAACACCGAGUCCUGAUUCCUGAAUCGGAAGUGAAGAAACGCCAGUACCGACAGUCCCUCGCGUUUUUUGUCAACCCUGAUGAUGACACCAUCAUCAAAAGUCUGGAUGGUUCCGACAAAUACGAUCCCAUCCUCACUCUGGAUUAUCUGCAGCGCGAGUUCAUUCAGAUGUAUUAGUUUACCAGAGGCCCUUAACUUUCAAGCUGAGAAGGGCAUUUGAAUAUUUUCCCAUCCAGAUUCCUAAACGUAUCACCCUUGCUUUGAACAUGUCAUGAUUUGAUACAAAAACUGAAAAACUGAAA